UUUUUUGACAAUGUAAAUCGAUAUGUCAAUUGGUUGAUUCGUUGGACAAAAAUAUAUCAAUUCUAUAAACAAUUGUUUUUGUUUGCACAUUUGUAUAUUAUAAUAGUAAUGUUAUGUAUAACCACUUUUUUUGUAACAAAACUAGUAAUUCAUUGUAACUCAUUAUUGAUACAAGAUUUGUUGUGAAACUAUUACAAUUUACAAGAGUAAUAAAUUUCUCUUGCAAUAUUUAUGCUUCUCAUGUUCGACCUUUUUCAUGCUCUUCUAUGCGCAUAUGUAUUGUGUAAAGAAAUAUUAACGCACAGAUAGUUUUGUCAGUUAGUAGAGCAGGAGAUAUCUCAAAUUUGUAUUAAUGUCGACAAUGUCUACAUCAUCUUCUAUGGAUGAGCGUAUGUUAAAGGGAAUAAGAAAAGUAAUACCGAAUCUGAUCAACACCAAGUACAAAGGUCAAGAUGGCAGAAUUGGAAUUUUUGGUGGGAGUACCGAAUAUACAGGAGCACCAUACUUUGCAGCUAUGAGUGCAUUGAGAACUGGCGCUGAUCUUGUUCACAUAUUCUGUGCGAAGGAUGCCAGCAUUCCUAUUAAAUCAUUUAGUCCAGAGCCGAUAGUUCAUCCAGUAUUGGAUCAAUACGAUGCGAUAAAGCAUAUAAAACCUUGGCUUGAUCGGCUACAUGUUAUCCUGAUUGGACCUGGACUUGGCAGAGAUGAAAAGAUAUUCAAAAUGAUUGUUGAAUUAAUAUCAAUCUGUCGCGAAAUGAGAAAACCACUUGUUAUUGAUGCAGAUGGAUUGUUCUUGGUUUGUCAGAAGCCAGAAAUCAUAAAGGAUUAUCCAGGAGUUAUUCUGACACCAAAUGCGAUGGAAUUUAGUCGUUUGGUUAAAGCAGUACUUGACAGGUCUAUUCCGCCUACUCCUCUAGUCAAAAUUUCCGAUGUUAAGCAUGUUGCGGAGGCUCUUGGAAAGAAUGUAAUAAUUAUGCAUAAGGGAGCAAAAGAUGUGAUCGUGGAUGGUCAUAAGGGUACAGAGACUGUGUCAUGUGGAUUGGCUGGUUCUGGAAGAAGAUGCGGUGGACAGGGAGACCUCUUGGCUGGUUCUUUGACUGUCUUCUGGUGGUGGGCUAUUUCUGCAGGAACCAGUGAAUGCGCUUUGUCGCCUUCGAUUGUAGCAUGUUAUGCUGCAUCGAGAUUAGUCCGAGAAUGCAAUGCAUCAUCCUUCAAAUUACGACAAAGAGGAAUGUUGACGUCAGAUAUGCUAGAACAAAUACAGCCAAUUUUUAACAAGAUCUUUGAGACUCAUUGCAACAAGUAAAUUAUAUUAUAAUCUUCUCUUUUAAUUGUUUGUACAUAAUGCUAUUUUUGUUGGAUAAUGUUUAUUACUCUUAUAUUAAAUAAAACAAAAGGAUAAUUGUGUAUGUAUGUAAAUAUGAUAUCAAUGAUUGUUAUUGUUACUAUAUUGUGGAUUCUAGAACUUAUUCAUUUAAUGGAAGAGGUCGAACUCGAAGUACUGAUUCCUGAAGUAUAUACAUUUUUGCAACAUUAUAUAUAAAUUAUAAAAAAACUUUGAUUAAUAUAUUAUACGAAUUGGAAAAUAUGCAUUUAAAAUACUGGCUUUAGAGAAAUGCUUUUACAUAUAUAUAUAUUAAUAUAUUAUAUGUAUUUUUAUAUGGUUUUGGUACUUUUUAAAGGCUCAUAUAAAUAAAUAUUUUUAUAAAAUAACUGUUUAUUAAUAUUAUCAAAUAAUCUUUUUUUUUUGACGAAAUAUUUUUACGUUAUUUUCUGAUUACAUUGGAUCGUGAUUACAGAAUCGAUUACGAAUAAUAAUUAAUAGAUGUUUCCUGAAAAAAAGAUCUAUAUACAUAUAAGAUCCAUAUCAUAUAACAAUAAAAUAAAGUUAUUGUAAAAACAAUGCAUAAAUCGGUGAAUAAAUAUGUUUUAAUGUAUCUGUUUAAAGUUGCAUUGUUUUAAUUAUACAAUAUAUACUUAAAAUUCUUAUUACAUACGUAUUAUUAUAAAUAUACAUUUUUGUCUUUUUACUAUAUAUGAUAUAAAUAAUUAAGUUGGGGAAUUUUAUAUUUACACAUAAGACAUUUGUAACAGCAAAGUAAUUACAAAUAAAUAAUUAGAGACAAAUCUUUACACGAAUUCU